AUUUCUUUCUCUCUCAGGUACCAGUGCAACAACAGAAGUCACACAACCGAAACCAUCCUCCCGAAGCCUACGUUCAAUUAGUGAAUCAUUGGAAGCUCCUUCCUCAGGUCAACUGGUAACAACCCAACAUCUGCAAUUUUCCUCUUCCUCAAGUCCCGGUACACCAAAGGAAGAUAAAGAAGUUCCACUUUCCUCCUUCAGGCCAAGUUCAACCAAAGGAUCUAUGGAAGACCCAAUUUCCUCAGGCUCACAUGCAUUCAGCAAAUCUGUGCAAUUUCCCUCAUUCUCAGGCUCAAGUGUACCAACAGAAGUCACAGAAGUUAUCCCUGCCUCACUCCAUCUAAAUCUUUAUGAUUUAGAAUCCACUGAAGCUCCCCUCUUAUUAAGUCAAUCUGCAAUGAGUAAAUCCACACAAUUUCCCUCCUUAGAGGGACUAAAUGUAACAGUAGAAGUUCCUUGCUCACCCAGGCUAAGUUCAAGGAGCGAAUCCAUAGAAGCUCCUCCUCCUACUGGCCUACAUACAAUGAACAAGUCAGCGCAAGUUCUAUCUUUCUCUCGCUUAAAUUUAUCACUGGAAUCUACCAAACAUUCAUCUUUAUUGGAUUUAAUUUCACAAAGCAAAACUAUGCAAGCACCAAGUUUGUUUCAGCCAAAUUCACCUCUUCAAACUAUGGCACUCAGUAAAGUGAGUAAAUCUGAGCAAGGUACUCCUUUUAUGAAUCUAAACAGGUCUACUGCAUACACCCAAGUUCCUUCUUUCUCUGAUAUAAUUCCAAUGAGUAAUUAUGUGGGAUUUUCCUCGGGCCCAAGUUCACAAGAAGAAUUUCCAAAUGGAGCCACUUCCUCCAAUCUAACUUCAAAGAAAGAAACCAUAAAGGUUCUCUCUUCUGAUACAAGGUCAUUGAGAGAAUGUCCCUCUUUCUCAGACCCAAUUCAUGCUAACAAACAUACACAACUCUCUUCUCUUUCUGACCCAAUUUCACUGAGUGUCCAUACAAAAGAAGCUCCCUCUCCUUCAGUUACUGAAUUAUUAAAAGAAGCCAUACAAGUUCCCAAUUUGUUUGAUAAAACUUCACCAAGAAAAGCAACAUAUGUUCCCUCUUCUUCCAAUACUGUUUUAGUGACCAAAAACAUGCCAAUUUCUUCUUUCUCUGAUCUAAAUUCAUCAACUCUUGACAAAAAAGAAGUCAUGUCUUUCCAAAGUCCAUUUUCAUACAAAGAAGCCAUGCAAGUUCCUGAUUUCUCACACACAGGAUCACCACAGGAAGUCAUUCAAGCUCCUUCAAGCUACCAUGCCAUCUCAGUCAGUAAAUCCACACAAGUUCCUAUUUUCUCUGACCCAAGUUCAUUGAUAGUAAGCAUACAAGAGCUUCCAACUGUCCCAAUUGUAAUUUCAUCAAGUGAAUGCAUGCCAAAUGCUGAUUUCUCUGCCACAAAUUCAAAUCAGGAGGUCUUCCAAGUUCUCUCUAUCAGCCAUUCUGUUUCAGCAAGCAAGUCAACACAAGCUCCUGCUUCCUCUGAUCCAAGAUCAUCAAUGAUCAUCGGAGAAGUUAUGUCAUCCCGAGGUCCACUGUCAAAAGGAGAAUCCAUGGAAGUUUCUGAUUUCUCUGACACAGGAUCACCAGAUGAACCCAUUCAAGAUUCCCUGAACUAUGCUACUACAGCAAGAAAAUCCACACAACCUCUUAAAUACUCUCACUCCAGUUCAUCCACAAUACAUCCAGAAGAACUUCCAUCAAUACCACUUAUAGUUUUGUCAACAGAAUCUGCAAAAGUUCCUGACAUUUCUGCCACAACUUCUUCUCAGGAUGCCAUGGGAAUUCCCUCGAGAAUUCAGACUCUUUCAGUGAGUACAUCCACACAAGUUCCUAUUUUCUCUGAACCAAGCACGUCCACAACAUGCAUAGAAGUUUCAUCUCUCCCAGAUCUAGUUACAUCAAAGGAAUCCACACAAGUUCCUGACUCCUCGGCCAAAAGUUCUUCACAGGAUGUCAUUCAAGUUCCCUCUAGAAUUCAUAGUCUUUCAAUAAGUAAGUCUACAACAAUUCCUGGGAUGUCUCCGCUAUCCUCAACAACUGUUGGCACAGAAGAAGACAUGUCUUUCCCAGCUCCAUUUUCAUACAGAGAACCCAUGCAAGUUCCUAAUAUAUAUGACAAGAGAUCGCCACAAGAACCCAUGCAAACUCCCUCUGCCAACCUAGCUAUGGAAGUGAGCAAAUCCUCAGAAGUUCCUACUGUCUCUGAUGCAAGUACAUCCACAAGGCCUACAGAAGAAAUUCCAUCAUUCCCAGUUCCAGUUUCAUCAAAAGAAUCCAUACAACUUCCUGACUCCUCGGCCAAAAGUUCUUCUCAGGAUGUCAUUCAAGUUCCCUCUACAAUUCACACUAUUUCCAAUUCAUAG